AUGGCCUUUCUUACGAUUCCAAAUGGUACAAAAUGGAAAGUGUUGACAAAACGUGAUGGGGAGGCUUGGUUUCAAAAUGGUUGGUGCGAAUUUGCAAGCUAUCAUGCUCUAAUCCUGGGGCACUUGCUAGUUUUCAGAUAUGAAGGAAAUUCACAAUUUUCUGUACUCAUAUUUGAUGCCACUACAAUAGAAAUAGACUAUCCUUUAGAUGACCAACUCCAAGUUCGUAGGAUGGAAGACAAUGAGAGUGAUGAUAACUCUCUUGAAAUCAUGGAUGGCUUUAUGCCAAGCCGAAAAACAGGGGAGAAACCACCAUUACCAUGCCCUCUACCUCAUAAGAGGGCAAAAACCAAUCCAACAAGAUUAGCUUAUGGGGUUGGAGGAAAUCGAGUAGGAUGCAAAAGCAGCCCGUUAGUUAAACUUGAAUCUGAUUGCAAUCUGGAUGAUGUGUCUUUCUCACAUGACCAAUUUCCUAAGAAAGAUGGUGGUGUAGCUGAAAAUCUUGUGAGAGCCAAUGCUUUUAAAUCAGAAAAUCCCCUUUUCACAGUUAUCAUUCAUCCAUCAUACAUUAAUGGCAAGGAUCGUGCGAGCUUACCCCAUGGCAUUAUCAACUACUUACCGAGAAAAGGCUUUACCAAGGACUACACCAAAGGAAGUAUACUCACUGUGAAGCUCCAAGUUGUGGACUGA